AUGUUCGUAUAUUAUGUCUUCUUAUUUCUUAUAAUACGUCUUCUUAUAAUUAAUGGUCGUAUAUUAUGUCUUCUUAUAAUGACUGUUCUUAUAAUACGUCUUCUUAUAAUUGAUGUUCGUAUAUUAUGUCUUCUUAUGACUGUUCUUAUAAUACGUCUUCUCAUAAUUAAUGUUCGUAUAUUAUGUCUUCUUAUAAUGACUGUUCUUAUAAUACGUCUUCUUAUAAUUAAUGUUCGUAUAUUAUGUCUUCUUAUAAUGACUGUUCUUAUAAUACGUCUUCUUAUAAUUAAUAUUCGUAUAUUAUGUCUUCUUAUAAUGACUGUUCUUAUAUUACGUCUUCUCAUAAUUAAUGUUCGUAUUAUUCUUCUUAUAAUGACUGUUCUUAUAUUACGUAUUCACAUAAUUAAAUACGUCUUCGUAUAUUUUCAUGUAUAUGUUAUAAUGACUGUUCUUAUAAUACGUCUUCUCAUAAUUAAUGUUCGUAUAUUAUGUCUUCUUAUAAUACGUCUUCUUCUUAAUGUUCGUAUAUUAUGUCUUCUUAAUGACUGUUCUUUAUACGUCUUCCUCAUAAUGUUCGUAUAUUAUGUCUUCUUAUAA